AUGACCAGAGUGAACAAAUUCCGUGCCCAGCACGCGCCUCAACGCGGCGACCCGCUUGAAACGCAGCGAGCUGCACAUCCGAAGAAAAAGCCCUACAAGAUUGUACUGGAGGCUGUUACCCAGGAAAAGAAGAAGCUUCACUCGAUUCUGACUUAUGCCUCUAAUGCGCCCACAGGAUUCGGUUUCAUCCCCGCUGGCCACCCAGAAGUAACGGAGUGGUGCAAAGAGCAAUGCCGACAGCGCAAUCUAGACGUUCACAUAGUCUCGGCAAAACCGAAGAACAAAAUGCAUGCCGAUCCGGAGAAGCUGUCACAUCAUGUCCACAGACUGGGCCAUCACUUUCCCCUCGAGAUCAUCCAGCUAGCCUGUAGCAAAUUUGGAUACACAUAUGAUGAUACAAAGGGUCUUCGGAAAGCGAGAAACAGUGAUAGGAUCAAUUGGAUUGCGCAGAGCAUGGAAAGUUACUCGACGCGACAAGCACUUCACGGUCGACCUACCGGCGAGAAGGAGACCAAAAGCUACAUCCACGGCGCUGUACGGGAAAUGUUUCCCAAGAUUCCUGAAGCAGAUCUUUCGUCCAUUGUGAAUCACGCAUUUGAAGAGGGUACGGACAGAGUAGGUAACGCGAAAGAGCUUUCAUUGGCGCGCAGAGUGCAGCUCGCAGUCGUGGCACACAUUCGUCAUACCUACACUGACUACGACAAACUACUUAAAACUGAUGGCUGGUCGACAGCAAGAUCGCAAGUCGAACAUGUUUCACUUGCCAAACUUAAAGAGUGGCGGGAUGAAGCUGGCGAGCAGAGCAAUGAGCUCGAAGAAACUUUUCGCGAGGUCAUUGUCCUGGAUGAUGAGGACUCUAGCGAUGGUAGCUCGCUCUCCACUCCUGACGAACGGGAGCAGAGCAUGGAAAUCGUCUCGAACCGUGCUACUGCGAAGGAUCUUCAGCCUGAAUGCUAUGCUAGUCAUUCACGGGUUGAAGUACAUGACCAAAGGCAAACGCGCAGGCGGACGAUUUUCCUUCAAAGGCCUCCUCCGCCCCCUCCAGCAGCUGCUUACCCAAGGCUUGCACGUGAAGGGUUGACGCUACUUCCUCCUUCCUCACCUGCUCGAGCACGCGAGCAUGUCGUAGAGUCGCGCGAACCCGACCGCAAAUUUCUCAGCCCACUUGCCGAGCCACUCCCAGAAUGA